GGCUCAGCGACGUCGCGGGCACUUCCGCUCCGACCCGGUGAGGUUGCUGCUGUUGACUUGGUGGCUCCCGCCGGGUCCGCAUGUCGCCGGCCUACGAAGUUUGCGGGCUGACUGACGUCUGCGGACCUCAUCGACCCGGCGGUCGAAUCCGAGACUAAGAGGCCUCGGCGGAGAGCAGAGGCCGCGUUCCCCUUCCCGGGCCCUGCGGACGUCAGGACGCUCCGGGUCCCCGCACGAGGGAGAGGAAUGGCCGCCUGCGAGGCGAUGGUGACCUUCCAGGACGUGGCCGUGGUCUUCAGCGAGGAGGAGCUGGGGCUGCUGGACGCUGCGCAGAGGGAGCUGUACCGGGCUGUGAUGCUGGAGAACUUCCGGAACCUGCUCUCCAUGGGGUGUCACCCCUUCACACCUGCCAUCCCACUCAGAAACAGGAAAGGGCUGGACGUGAAGACAGCAACCCAAAGAGAAAGGAGAUCAGCAGAUUGGACCCACGGUGAGAUGGAGACAGUUCCAGAAGCAGAGCCGUGUGAAGAGCGCUCUUGUGAGCAGAUCUGGGAGCACCCUGCAGGUGACUCAACCAGACUCCAAGACCCCACGCUACAUCAUCUUUGGUUCCCCAAACAAGGUGAUUCAUCCUGCCAGGUUGGGACAGGACUGUGCUUGACCCUCCCUGGACAAACAUCUCUCCAGAGUAACGAGCGUAAGAAGUUCUCUGACGGCUCCAGCUUUGGCCUCCACGCCCAGUCACAGCUAGGAGAGAAGUCUCAUACGUGUGAUGAAUGUGGGAAAAGCUUCCGUUACAGCUCAGCUCUUCGUGUUCAUCAGAGGGUCCACAAGGGCGAGAAACACUAUAAGUGUGCCGAGUGUGGUAAGGAGUUCAGCCAGAGCUGCUGUCUACAAGCCCAUCAGAAAGUCCACACCAUAGAGAAACCGUUCACAUGCGCAGAGUGUGGGAAAGGCUUCACCCGCAGAUCCACACUCACCGUGCACCACAAGUUGCACACGGGAGAGAAACCUCACACUUGCAAGGAGUGCGGGCAGGCCUUCGUUCACGCGUCCCACCUGCAGGAACAUCAGAGAAUCCACACUGGGGAGAAGCCGUUCCGAUGUGACUUAUGUGGCAAGAACUUCCGCCGGAGAUCAGCGCUCAGUAACCACUGCAUGGUGUACACGGGAGAGAAGCCGUACGGAUGUGCGGAGUGUGGGAAGCGCUUCACCUGCAGCUCGAAUCUGCACAUCCACCAGAGGGUCCACACAGGAGAAAAACCCUACAAGUGCGCAGAAUGUGGCAAGAGCUUCAUUCAGCCUUCGCAAUUUCAGGCCCACCGCAGAAUCCACACGGGAGAGAAACCGUACGUGUGCAAAGUGUGUGGCAAGGGCUUCAUUUACAGUUCAAGUUUUCAGGCCCAUCAAGGAGUCCACACUGGGGAGAAGCCAUACAGGUGUGACGAGUGUGGCAAGAGCUUCAGGAUGAAAAUCCAUUACCAAGUCCACUUGGUGGUUCACACUGGAGAGAAACCCUAUAAAUGUGAGAUAUGCCGGAAAGCCUUCCGGCAGAGUUCAUAUCUUAAAAUCCACCGGCAAGCCCACAGCGUAGAGAAACCUUACAGGUGUGAGGAGUGCGGGCAGGGCUUCAAUCAGAGCUCACGCCUUCAGACUCACCGGCUCAGCCACACUGGGGAGAAGCCCUACAAGUGUGACGAGUGCGGGAAGGGCUUCAGUCAGAGGGCAGAUCUGAAGAUUCAUUGCAGGAUCCACACGGGGGAGAAACCGUACCACUGUGAGGAGUGCGGGAAGGGCUUCAGUCAGGCCUCGCACCUUCUGACCCAUCAGAGGGUCCACAGUGGCGAGAAACCAUUCAAAUGCGACGCCUGUGGGAAGGGCUUCGGUCGGAGUUCACACCUCCAAGCCCAUCAGAAAGUGCACACGCAAGAAAAGCCGUACAGGUGCGAGGCAUGUGGCAAGGGCUUCAAGUGGAGCCUGAAUCUGGCCAUGCACCAGCGGGUCCACACGGGCGAGAAGCCAUACAGGUGUGGGGAGUGCGGCAAGUACUUCAGUCAGGCCUCCAGCCUUCAGCUGCAUCAGAGCGUCCACACUGGGGAGAAGCCGUACAGGUGCGGCAAGUGUGGCAAAGUCUUCAGUUGGUCGUCACAGCUACAGUCACAUCAGAGAGUGCACACGGGGGAGAAGCCGUACAGCUGUGCCGUGUGUGGGAAGACCUUCAGCUGGAGGUCCAACCUUGUUAGCCAUCACAGAAUCCAUGCAGGAGAUGCGUGUUAUGAACGUGGCGAGAACCUGAGAGCCUUGCCAACGGAAAGGGCUUCUAUAACAUGACGUUUUGCAAAGCUCACAUACAACACCAGUGCUUGUAAGUGUUGGGUUUUGCAGGGGAGAGAGAAGGUACUUGUUUUAUGUGCAUCCAUGUUUAAAGCAAUAUCUCUAUGCACCCCGCACAGCUGAGAACCUUGCAAGUGGUACAGUAAGGGCUUCAGUCGCAAGUUUGACAUCUAUCAGAUGUUAUUCAGAAGACAGAACUAGAAGGGGAAGGUGUUUGCUGUGGCCUUUAACAAAUGUACAGUGAUGGGUGUGCCGAAAUGGAUGUCCCUAGACAGUCGGUGGGACAGGAGCAUUGCAGCUGCAUCAGUUAACCCUGGGUUGGCCGGCGCCGUGGCUCAACAGGCUAAUCCUCCGCCUUGAGGCGCCGGCACACCGGGUUCUAGUCCCGGUUGGGGCACCGAUCCUGUCCCGGUUGCCCCUCUUCCAGGCCAGCUCUCUGCUGUGGCCAGGGAGUGCAGUGGAGGAUGGCCCAAGUCCUUGGGCCCUGCACCCCAUGGGAGACCAGGAUAAGCACCUGGCUCCUGCCAUUGGAACAGCGCGGUGCGCCGGCCGCAGCGCGCUACCACGGCGGCCAUUAGAGGGUGAACCAACGGCAAAGGAAGACCUUUCUCUCUGUCUCUCUCUCUCUCACUGUCCACUCUGCCUGUCAAAAAAAAAAAAAAAAAAAAAAAAAAAAAAAAAACCCUGGGUAGCACUGGCAGUGUGCCCUGUACGUGCUGCUUAAACGGAUCAGAAAGAACGUGCAGCAUUUGCAGAUCGCAUCCAGAGAAGGGAACCUGGGAAGUAAAACGUUUCAGAGAAUGAAUGCUGUUGGGAUGCACAAGAUUGCUCGACGCUGCAGUCAGCUCCCUCCCUCCUGCGAGUGGGUUCUUAGUAUGUGGGCCUUGGCUGGUUUCCCAAAGUGGCAUACGAUAGAAGCUGAACUGUUUUGUUGUUGUUGUUGGUUUCUUCUGACAGCGUUAGACUGGAAGCUUUAUUAACCUUACAGUAACAAGUUAACUGUUGAAGGAGGGUUUUACUGUCGCACUUUGGAAGUGUCAAGCGUCGUUAUGCAUGACAAAAUUUUCUUUGUCGACAUUGAAUUUAUUAUUGAUUUUUAAUUCUUUGUAUUUCCAUCUGAACCUUAAAUUAUUGCCUUCAGGUCACUGUAGCAUUCUUUCAUCAAAACAUCUCAGGUAGUGCCAUACUGUAUUCUUACCCCACAUCUAUGAAGCAAAUACCAAAAAACAAACCAACCCUGUGGAAAUUUGAUAAUUUUAUCAACUUUAUUAUUGGGGGAAAAGUGACAUUCAAAUACUUUUUCCUUUUUGUAGUAGUAAAACAUAGUUCUGGAAACUAUGUCUGAAUACAAUGUAUAUCUCUUUGAUAUGGAGAUCAAAUAAAUAGAAAUCGAUUAUGAGAUUAAAAUGCCACAGAGACAAGUAACAUUAAUGAUGUCAUU